AUGGCUGCUAUUCCAAAUGGUAGCGCCCCAUCGACGCCUAGCGUUGUUGGGAUCAACUUCGGGAACACCUACGCUUCGAUAGCAGAAGGCCUCGCCGAAUGUAUCGCCAAUGAGGACGGCGAACGUCAAAUAGCAUGCGCAGUGUCGUUUCAAGGCGAAGAAAUGUACAUCGGCAAUCAAGCUAAGCAUCAACUCGUCAAGAACUCCAAGAACACGAUCAUAGGAUUCAGAAACCUCCUUGGGAAGAAAUUCUCUGAGAUUCCCCAAAAUCAACCAACGACAUCGGCGCCUGUGGUGCAGCAUCCGAGCAUCGCUGAUGAGCCUGCGUACAAGGUCGAGGUGCUCCAAGCGUCGCCUUCGCCGCUUCCGCCGAGCACAGCGACCAACACGCCCGCUGCUUCGAUCGCACCGACACCGAGAUCAGAGCCGAUGCUCGUGGAACGUAUACUGACCGUGUCAGAAGUGACGACGAUCUUCAUCAAGUCGCUCGUGCAAUCAGCGGAGGACUUCCUUGGGACGAAAGUACAAGGGGCCGUGAUCACCGUGCCAUCGUGGUUCACGGACUCACAAAAGGGCGCGUUGGAAUCGUGUGCUGUCGAAGCAGGUGUGAAGGUCUUGCAGCUGCUCGAUGAACGGGCAGCAUCGAUCGCCACCACCACAACCGAGGCAUGGAGCUCGAAGCUUCGUCCGGAUCGGACACAGCUGCUAGUCGACCUCGGCGCGUCAUCGCUAUCACUGACACUCCUCUCUAUCCGCGAGGGACUCGGCUACGUCCUCGCUUCAUCCUCAUCAACAGACGUCGGGGCCGAUCAGCUAGAUGACGCGCUCAUAAAAUUCUUUGCCGCCGAUUUCACCAAAAAGACCAAAACGCCGCUCAAGGUCGCGCCUGCCACGGAGCUAGUCGACCAACGCGCCGAGGCCAAGCUGCGGCUAGCGAUCGAGCACACGAAACGCACUAUCAGCGCGUCUCCUGGAGCAGCCACCUGCUCUAUCGAGUCCUUGAAGGAAGGCCUAGACUACACAGGCACAGUGAACCGUCUGCGCUUCGACAUGCUGGCUGCGCCUAUCUACACCGCCGUCUCCUCAGCAGCUCUCGAUCUCCUCAAGUCCGCUGAAAUCGACGCGUAUGAUGUCGAUGAAAUCGUGUACGUCGGCGGCACGUCAUGUCUUCCUGGCCUGGACGAGCAUUUGUGUGUCGCUGGUGGCUUUUCGGAGGACAUCGACACGCCGUUCUCAUUGGGCACAGUCGUUGGCGGCGGAGUGGGCGACCCCACGACGAUCCUGGCUAGAGGCUGCGCGAUCCAAGCUGCCGUCGUCGCCUCCAUUCCUGAAGACGAGGACCACGACCUCCUGAAAUCCGCGUACCAAGGCAACUCAGAAUUAAACCAGAUAAGCGCUACCAGCCGGACGAUCGGCCUUCUGUUCCCGAAUGCCUCUGAGGGCGAUGCCGACAAGCUUGGAGGGACAUGGAUUCCUAUCAUCGCCAAAGAGACCCCCCUUCCCGCCCGUCGCACCGUCCAGUUCGAUGUCGGGCUGACGACGGAGUCUAAGAAGGUCGCGUGCGAGGUCUGGGAGGUGACGGAAGCCAUUCGCAUAGAGAAGACCAAGCCCCCGAAGGUGGAGUAUUCCGACGACGAGGAUGCCGGCGAAGACGAGGACGACGAGGAAAUUGAGGUGAAGCACAAGUCCGUUAAGAAGGAAAAGCUGCUGGGCGCAUUGGAGUUCGACGCGAAAUUGGGCAUUCAGGCGAAGGGAAAGGGCCCCGCUGCAGGUACCUGGUCUACCACCCUCCAAACGCGGUUCAUCGUGAGCAUCAGCGGAUCGCUGGAUGUGGAUGUUUCGGAGGUCGGCCCCGACGGUGCCACCGCAAGCCUCAAAGUCUCCAGUUCGUGA